AUGAUUAAGUUAUUUUUUGUAGUACAAUUUAUAUGUUUUGUGUAUUGUAAUAAUGUAAGUGAUAAUUCACCGAAAAUACUUAUCGACAACGAUGCAGGCGGUGACGAUGCGAUGGCCAUAUUUUUGGCUUUACUUUGUGAAAAGCAUUUUAAUGGACCUAAAAUAAUUGGUUUGACAACUGCCAAUGGAAACACCAAUGAAAACAAUGUGUAUACAAAUAACCAGAGGAUAUUGAAAGUUGCCAAAAGACAAGACGUUCCUAUAUAUAGGGGCUCUAAAUCAUCACUAGUAACCACACCAGAGACUAACGACUAUUUUGGUAGAGACGGUCUGGGAGAUGUUGACGAAGAGUUGACUGAUUUAGUUCCUGCUAAAGAUCAAGGAGCUGUCUCGGCCCUCGUUGAACUGUCUAAAACUUAUGAAGGUCAACUUACAGUAAUAACAUUGGGUGCACUAACAAAUAUAGCAAUGGCUAUCAAGACGGACCAUAAUUUCCUGUCACGUUUAUCCCACUUAUAUGUCGGUGCAGGACAUGUACAUAACGAAUAUGUACCAGAUGCGGAAUUCAACGCGCAUAUGGACGUAGAGGCGUACCAUAUAAUGGCGCAGCACGCGACGCCUGAUAAAGUCACUCUACUGCCCUUCUCACAGACUAUGCACCAUUUGAAUCUUUCUAGAGAAUGGAGAGAAAACGUUUUAGGCACAAUAAAUACAGAUAUAAUGAGAGCACAAAACUUGUAUGAAAGAAUUUCACUAACAUACAGCGAUCGAUGGCAUGCACUAGACCCUGCUACCAUAGCCAUCGCUCUUAGACCCGAUUUAGUGGAUGAAUAUAAAUACUCAAAAAAUGAUAUAAUUUUAUGCGGUGAAAAAAGGGGUGUCAAUACUAAUACUUUCGUGGAGAAAGGGGAAGCUAAUGUAAGAAUAGCCUAUUCAAUGAAGAUGGAUGAAUAUAAACAAUUUCUAUUAGAUACCUUUGCUUUAGAA